GUGUAGGGGGUAUAAGGCCUAAUUAAUAGACUAGAUAGUGCGGAGUAAGGGGGGAUUGGAACGCGGCCUGGUGUACAGUGAAAAUGAGUGUUAUGAUGAUGAGGACGUAGGUUUCACGUAGCCUGGCAUUUCAUCGCUGCAUCACUCACUGACCAAGAGACGGCGUCUUUUUAUAUAUAUAUAUACACACACACACAUAUGUGCUGCGCACUCUUCCUGCACCAAAUGACAAUGACCGGAGGAAAUACACCGGUUUUUCUGAGCUGAAAUUUGGCAAAGAAGCAACAUCGACGCUAUUUAAGCAGCCAGGCGCGCGCUCGGGGACUGCUGGAGGGUUGAAACUGAAACAGUAACAUCCUCUGACGCUGAGCAGGGAAACAAGGUAGACGUAAUUUCCUGCAUGGCUCUGAACACAAUGAUUGGCUCCUGCCUUUCUAGAUCUGCCUGCUUCUAACUGCAUCCUGAUUGGACAGCUUCUGUGCAGCGAGCUUAUCAGAGCCAUGACUUAGACAUACUGCACUUUCAGAGAUGGAGAAAAAGAAAAUGUGUCAGCGCCUCCUGGACUACCUGGUGGUAGUUGGAGCCAGGCAGCCCAGUAGCGAGAGUGUGGCCCAGACGCCCCAGCUGCUGAGGCGUUACCCACUAGAGGACCACCCUGACUUCCCUCUGCCCCCAGAUGUGGUGUUUUUCUGCCAACCAGAAGGCUGCUUGAGUAUGCGACAGCGCCGUGUCAGCCUGCGCGACGACUCAUCCUUCGUCUUCGCGCUCACCGAUAAGGACUCUGGCAUCACGCGCUAUGGCAUCUGCCUCAACUUUUACCGCUCCUUCCAGCGAGGCCACCAUCGCUCACGUUCAGAAUGCAAAGACAAGCCUCCACAGACAGACCCUGCAGUCGAGGCCACUGAGAUAUGCGACCCUUCCACAUUGUCUCUCUCGGGUGACCACGCAGCGCCCGUGGCAGGAGACAGGGUGCCAGAGACGAGCACCGGAAGGUCACCGCGUCCCAAACGCAGCGCCAAGGCAUCAGCACGGAAUCGCAACAGCAUGCUGACGUCCCUGUGCAUCCUGAGCCACUACCCGUUUAUCUCCACCUUCAGGGAGUGUCUGUACAUCCUCAAACGCAUGGUGGACUGCUGCAGCCACAGACUCAGCCAGAGAACUGCCAAGGGUAACCAGCGGGACACCAUGUGGCGCAUGUUGGCCGGCGCUCUUUCCGUCGAGGAGAAGGAAAAAGGUACUCAGCUACUCCAUGACCUGAGGGAAAUUGAAUCGUGGGUGUACAGGCUGCUGCACUCGCCGGUGCCUGUAGCAGGCGUGCGACGUGUCGACGUGGAAGUGCUGCCUCCAGAUUUGCAGCCGGCGCUUACUUUCGCUGUACCCGACUCGUCUCGUUUCUGUCUCGUGGACUUCCCACUGCAUCUGCCCUUGGAGCUGCUGGGGGUGGACGCUUGCCUGCAGGUGCUCAGCUGCAUCCUGCUUGAACACAAGGUGGUACUUCAAUCUCGGGAUUACAACGCUCUCUCCAUGAGUGUGAUGGCUUUUGUGGCCAUGAUCUAUCCCCUGGAGUACAUGUUCCCGGUCAUCCCUCUACUGCCCACCUGUAUGGCUUCAGCCGAACAGCUCCUGCUAGCACCGACUCCAUACAUCAUCGGCGUGCCGGCCAGCUUCUUCCUGUAUAAAUCCGACUUUAAGAUGCCUGAUGAUGUUUGGCUGGUGGAUCUCGACUGCAGCAAGGUAAUUGUGCCCAAGAAUGCAGAAAUACUCCCGCCUUUGCCUGAACCAGAAGCGACAGAGCUGAAGAAACACCUGAAGCAGUGUCUGGUUAGGUUGACUGUGAUCACCCAAAAGCAGAUCUUCGCCUCCGACACAAAGGCUUUGGCCAGUAUGAGUCUGAACACUCAGCCUAUUCUAAACCUGGAGAAGUUCCAGGAGGGUCAAGAUCUGCCUCUUCUGCCCCCAGGCCGUGAUAAGUCCUCCCCCUCCUCCACCGAGUUUAACCCUCUUAUUUAUGGAAAUGAUGUCGACUCUGUGGACGUGGCCACAAGGGUGGCAAUGGUGAGAUUCUUCAACUCUCCAAACGUACUGCAGGGCUUUCAGAUGCACACACGUACACUGCGACUCUUCCCACGACCCGUGGUAGCCUUUCAAGCCAUGUCUUUCCUGGCAUCACGUCCACGGCGCACCAGCUUUGCCGAGAAGCUCUCGCACACACAGGCUGUGGAAUAUUAUGGGGAGUGGGCCCUAAACCCUACGAACCUGGCCUUCCAAAGGAUUCAUAAUAAUGUGUAUGACCCCUCCUUGAUAGGUGAUAAGGCUAAGUGGUAUGCUCAUCAGUUGCAGCCUGUGUUUUAUCGCGUGUACGAUGGAAACUCGCAGCUUGCAGAGGCUAUAAGUGGACCACUAGAGGAUGACUGUAAUGAUUCGGACCCUACAGAUGACAGUGGAAGUGACAGCGAGGCAUACGACGAUUCCAGCUCUUCUUACUCGUCACUGGGAGAUUUUGUGAAUGAAAUGAUCAAAGGGGAUAUCCAGGGCGACACACCAAAUGUCGAUCCCUUGACACACGCAGCACUGGAGGAUGCCAGUGAAGUAGAAAUCCAUGAAUUCCAGGAGUAUAAGGGCGAGGAGAGCGAGGAGCGCGGGUCUGAGGUCGAGGGACCUGCUGAAGCCACAGAUGGCCAGCCGCACCGCUCCAGUUCCAGCACCACAGCCAGCUCCAGCCCCAGCACCAUCAUCCAGGGCGUGAAUCAUGAGCCGUUAGAGCCUGUUGAGAUUGAGGCGUCAGCUAGUGCGGCUCUACAGAACUCUGUCCCUGGAUUAUGUCUCCCGCCGUUCACUCGAUCCAGCCCAGAGCCCCCGCCUACGGACUCGACGAGUAAGAAGCGAGAGUACGAUAACCCGUAUUUUGAGCCGCAGUACGGCUUCCCUGCAGAAGAAGAGGCCGACAGUGAAGAGCAAGAGGAGAGCUACACACCACGCUUCCACCAAAAUAUCAACGGAAACAAGCCAUCUCGCCCGUUGAGACCCAGCAGCCUGAAACUUCCAGGCGAGUGUGAUGGAGAAGGAGACUCUAAGAACAGUUCUCCCAACUCCACCAUCUCCAACAACAGCGGUGAUGGCUUCGGAGGACUCAUGUCUUUUGCAAGUAAUUUGUAUAAGAACCACGGCACCAGCUUUAGUCUGUCCAGCCUGGCUCUUUCUAACAAAGCGGCCCGAGAGAAGAAUACUCCUUUCCCAAGUCUUAAAGAUGGUGGUGAUGAGAGUCCUGACAGUCCUGGCUCCCGUGCUCCUCGAGCACUGGUGGAUCAAAAGUCCUCUGUGAUUAAACACAGUCCCACUGUAAAGAGAGAGCCACCUUCGCCCCAGGGCCGAGCCAACAACACCAGCUAUCUGAGAGAACAGGGCUUGGACGCUCUCGUCCGUGUGUGCAGUGAAAAUCAGCAUUUCCUAAAGGACGUGGUGCUGAGCGUGUUGGAUGGCCAGGGUGUCGGUUGGCUCAACAUGAAGAAGGUACGCCGCCUGCUGGAAAACGAGCAGCUGCGCGUCUUCAUGCUUAGCAAGCUCAACCGAGCCGUCCAGUCAGAAGAGGACGCUCGGCAAGAAGUCAUCAGAGACGUGGAGAUUAACCGAAAGGUCUAUAAAGGCAUGUUGGACCUGCUGAAAUGCACAGUUUCCAGUCUGGAGCACUCCUACACUAAUGCAGGCCUGGGUGGCAUGGCCAGUGUGUUCAGCCUGUUAGAAAUUGCAAGGACCCACUACCAAACCAAAGAGCCAGAGAAGCGAAAGCGGAGUCCCAUGGACGGGGCGAGCAGUCCGGGCAGUAAGGAGAGCCCGUCUGUGCGCCUUGAGAGUGCCAGAGCGGCAGGCGUGCUCCUGAUGCCCAGAAUUCAGCUGCCACCCCCUCCCUCUGGGAAAGGGGCACAUCAGUUUGACACCCGGAGUCUGAACGAAGAGAAUUUUAUUGCUUCUAUUGAAUUGUGGAGCAAGCACCGGGAUAACAGAAAGCAAAAAGCUAUGGAAAAAGAACAGAGGGCGGAUGGGGCGAAACAGCGUCCAGAAGGGGUCGACACAGAGGAGAAGAAAUCCCAGAUAAGUGCGGACAGUGGGCUCAGUGUGACCUCAGGCUCUCAGAAGAGCGAUACGGAGUCAUUGGCGAGUUCAGAGCCUCCGGUUUUGACGAGGAGUACCAGUCAGGACUCUGAGGCCAGCACAGUGGUGAGUAACAGCUCAGGUGAGACACUGGGGGCUGACAGUGACCUGAGCAGCACGGCAGGAGACGGACCGAGCGGCCGUCCGUCUCCUCACCUCGCUCUGUCUCGCAGCACUCUCUCAGACAGUGAGAUCGAAACCAACCCUGCCACCAGCUCUAUGUUUGGAAAGACCCAUAAGCUGAAGCCAGGUGUGAAGGAACCUAUUGGGGGUGUGGCUAAGGGAGCUCCUGCCCAGCCCCAUGAAGAUCUCAGCCUGAGGAUCUAUCUGUGUGAGGGGCUUCUGGGGAGGGAUAAGAGCUCAAUGUGGGAUCAGCUGGAGGACGCUGCCAUGGAAACCUUCUCUCUGAGUAAGGAGCGCUCUACUCUGUGGGACCAGGUGCAGUUUUGGGAGGACACGUUUCUGGACGCUGUAAUGCUCGAAAGAGAGGGAAUGGGGAUGGACCAGGGACCACAGGAGAUGAUUGACAGGUACCUGUCACUGGGUGAGCAUGACCGUAAGAGACUGGAGGAGGAUGAGGACAGACUGCUGGCCAAUCUGUUGCACAACAUGAUAGCCUACAUGCUAAUGAUGAAGGUCAAUAAGAACGACAUCAGGAAGAAGGUCCGCCGUUUGAUGGGGAAGUCUCACGUCAGUUUGAUGUACAGCCAAGAGAUCAAUGAGGUUUUGGACCGCCUUGCACACAUGAACGGAAGGGAACUUCCUAUAAGGCCGAGCGGAAGCCGGCAUAUAAAAAAGCAGACUUUUGUGGUGCAUGCCGGGACUGAUACCACAGGGGAUAUAUUCUUCAUGGAGGUGUGUGAUGACUGCAUCGUACUACGCAGUAACAUAGGGACGGUGUAUGAACGGUGGUGGUACGAGAAGCUGAUCAAUAUGACUUACUGUCCCAAGACCAAAGUGCUGUGUCUAUGGAGGAGGAAUGGACUGGAGACGCAGCUAAACAAGUUCUACACGAAGAAGUGUCGGGAGCUGUACUACUGCGUCAAAGACAGCAUGGAGCGUGCAGCAGCACGACAGCAAAGCAUCAAACCAGGUCCAGAACUAGGUGGAGAGUUCCCUGUGCAGGAUAUGAAAUCGGGUGAGGGCGGUCUCCUGCAGGUCACCCUCGAGGGGAUUAAUCUCAAAUUCAUGCACAGCCAGGUUUUCAUAGAGCUGAAUCACAUUAAAAAGUGCAAUACAGUGAAGGGAGUCUUUGUCCUGGAGGAAUUUGUUCCUGAAACUAAAGAAGUGGUGAUCCAUAAGUACAAAACUCCCAUGGCACAUCAGAUCUGUUACUCCGUGCUCUGUCUCUUUUCCUACAUGGCUGCCGUGAAGGGGAAGGAGGCAGAGGGCAAACCCAAGAUGCUGUCCCCUCGCCCAUUACCCAGCUAGUGCACAUUAUCUGCCUGCUGUAUUAUAUUUCUGGUUUUGUCCAAAACCCCCCUGUAAGAGCUACACUAUAACUUAUUCUCCACACAUCUGCUUAUUUACUGCUCUCUUGAGCCUCUGGCUUACUUGCCUGUCCUGGACAGUAUUCCUUACACUUAUCCACCCACUCACAGUAUUUAAUCAAGAUCAACGACAAGUACAUAUUACAAGUAUAAACAUACUGUUUUCUCUCCAGACAUUAUAAUAUAUAUCAGAAUGGAACGGUAACCUCGCCCACUGCAGAUCUUUCCUCAACUCUUAUUCGUCACUGUCCUGGGUGUUUUUUUGUUGGGUUUUUUUUUUUGCCUCUAGCGAGCCAUAUUGACAUGCUGCUGUCCCCUUUUCUUGCAUGUGAUCAGAGGUGCCACACUAUGCCGACACUAAAAAUUUGCAUUGGUAUGUGCAGAAGAGUGCCCUCUGUCCUAGCAAGCGCUCCAACUUCCCCUUUCCUUAACCCAUCCUUAGAAAUCUUAGAAAAAUAAUUCUGUGUAGUCACUGGGAACGUAACAUCUGUCCUGUCUAAUGAUGAUUUAAAAUGCUUCAUGUUAUGGGGCUAUGGAGACUGUGUGUGUGUGUGUGUGUGUGUGUGUGUGAAAGAGAGAAUGUGAGCCUUAGCAGGUAACCACACAGUGCUUAAGUGUUUCAUUCAGCCUGUUCCCUCUGCUGUAUUUGGUCCAAGGUGUGUGUACAUCUUUAGCUUUGCCUUGAGCCUACUGUACUAGUUUUACUGUAAAACUGUCUGUGAACAGCUGUGAUAAAUUUGCAUGUUGCUGUAACAAAAUUAAGGAAAAAAAAAAAAAGCAAACGAAAAACACUGAAUAGUAAUAUGAAAAACCUAUGCUGUACAUUUCACUGGAGCAAUGUUUAAAAAGAAAUGUAAUGUUCUAAAACAAACUGUGGUUUGUUGAGUAGAUGUGCAAUACUGUAGUGGGUACGAAGAACAAGUUCUCCACUGUCCCCCGUGAGUGUGAAAGCUGAGGGAGUGUGUGUAUUUGAAUGCAUUUCUGAACCAUAGUAAUAGAGGCAAGUUGACGCAUGUGAACGCUGAAACAGCUGCUUUUGGAGAUCUCGUGUUCAGAUGUGGGUCUGUAGGUGUACUGAUGUCCUGCCGUCAAAUCACCGUUUGAGAGAAUCUACAUAUGUCAUUUGGAGAAACGUCCCAUUUAAAUUGUCAUUUUCUUGCUUUUGUAAGUGUGUGUGUGUGUGUGUGUGUGUGUGUGUGUGUGUGUGUGUGUGUGUGUGUUCAAGGAGGAGUGUGCCUACAUUGUCUCUGAUACACAUUUUUAAUGUUCUUUUAUGUGGUGUUCUAAUUUUUUUAAACAGUUGUCCUUUUUGGGAAGCGUAUGUACCGUAGAAAAUGUUGUCUCCUUGAAGAGCAAUCGUUUUUAGAUGGUCUUAAAGGCCCACGGUCUGUAGGCUUAGUUGUAAAUAGCACAAGGUUCGUCAGGUCAAAGAGUCUCCAAAGACAGAUGUUUUGAUGUGAAUGCUGAGUGACCGAGAGAAACAGACACUGUAGCAUCUGAGCUAGUCAGGUCUUUCAUUCGCUUUCACUUACUACUGAGAACAAGAGGGAAAAGGAGAACACAGACAUGUUGGAUGUAAAUAUUUCAGUGUUUAAAAAGUAUUUAUAGAACCUGUACAGCUUUGGCAAUAUGACAAUAAAAGAUGUCUAACCCAAAUAAGUGGCCUUUUAUGUGAACUUCAUGCUUUAUGUCGAGUUGGAAAUGAAUGUGGGGUUGGUUUUAUUCUCUUGUUUCUUGCAGGGCAUUCCAAUGUACAAGCCACAUGUUUCAGCCAGACAAGUCAGGUCUGAUGGAUUGAGGUAAUACAGCAUCAUGAGCUGAUGCAACUUCCUUUUCAAAACAACAAAAAAUGGGACAGAAAUGUGUGUUUUUGGAGCUAUAAAAAUGUUAUUUAAAAUAAAUGUAUUGCCUUUUAAUUGAGUUUUCAUUGGUUAUAUAUUUAUACUUAAUAGGUACGACAUUAAUACAACUAGAUAACAAACCGGUGAGUCUACGUAGUUCGAAAGAAUUAGACAAAACUUGAAAGAUAAUUGUUUUAAAUAUAUUGUGCUUACACUUUAGGGUGUGUUCACUUCCUACUACACAACUUGUGCUGCAAAUAGCCACUCAUUUCUAGCAAGUUGACAAGGGUUCUCGAAAACACAAGUGCAGGGUCGAUGUUUUAAAAAAAAAAAAAAAAAAAGAGUCUGCUGCUCUUGAUUUUAGUACCUUACUGCAGCCUGGCCUGCAAUAAUAACCUGUACAUAAUCUCCUUUUGAGAAGCUCUGUUUUUAAGACAUUAAAAGUAUGUUACUUUUAUCACUGAUGCCCCUGAUAUCAUCCUGAACAGUUUUAAAUCUGGAGACAGGGUGAGUGAGCUUUUUGUGCAGCAUGCAAACAUACAUUUAAGACAUUGAGCUUAAAAUGUUACAAAGAUGAUUACACAUUGAUACUAAUAAAGAGGGGG